GGUUCUGCUUUCCGAGGUAAAGUCUCACGAUGAAGUUCGUCCUGUAUUCCGGUUUGUGUCUCGUCUUUGCCUCAGUGACUUUGGCCGCUGUUUCCAAGCCACAGGUUGCUCAACUCGAGGCGACGUUCAAGGCCUUCGAAAGCUGUGGCUUCAAGCUGAGUACUGCCUUGGACAGCAAUGAGAAGCUUAUUCAGAAACUAGCUGGUCCAAAAGGGGCCAAGUUGUUUGCUGAAAUCAGUGAAACCAUUGUUGUUCUGAAUGAAACGAUUUACGGUGCAUGGGAUCAGCUUGUGGCGGUAGCUACUGACGCUCAGGCUAUCGCAAUCGGAACGAACGUUAAAACCAUUUCGGAUGCCACCUGUAAGCUUUACACCGAUGCAGCCGCCGCUAUUAAGGCUAAGUCGCUGGCUAACUUCAAGUCGGCUGUGGCGCUCUACGUCAAGUCUUCGAGCCUUGCUUCGCGUACACUGAUCAACGUUUUGAAUGGGAUGAAAAAUGUUGACGCCAAGAAUGUCAGUGAUGAGGUCCUGGAACUGGUCAACAUUGCCAGCAAACUGAAGAAUGCGUUGGGCGUUUAAAGAUAUCAACUAUGAUUUAAAGUUUAAAAAAAAACAAUGCUUCAAUAAAAUUUCUUUGUCCAAA